AUGAGCGCGAAGCCAAACAACACCUCCGCCCAAGACGCCAUUCGAGAAGGAAAGCAGCGAGCAAGAGAGACCAUGGCUGCUGCUGGAGUAUCCUCGGACAGUCAGGGAGCGGCCAAUGGUGACUCCACGCAGGCGAAUGGUACGCCGCAGCUGAGCAGAAAGCGAUCGCGAGACGGCUCGCAAAUCCCCCUCUCCCGCUCCUCUACUUCUGGCGCGCCCGCGAACGUGGACUACCCCAGCCAUCACGAUGUGCUGCUGGAUCGCGCCAUUCAGCGCGACCAAGCCUUCGCUGCUGCCAAUCUAGACGACCAGGAGCGCAACGAUAAACUCACGAAAGAAAAGAGAGAUGAGGCCGCAUUCUAUAAAGAUACUGUUUGGAGAUACAGACAGACCAAUCCGGGCGCGAUCUUUGGCACUGGCUACCGAGGCUACGGCAAUCGGACGACAGAAGGCAAGAGCCAGGUUGUGUACAGCGCUGUUGACAAGCGUGGCCCGCCGAAGGGAAGAAGAACGUUGCCCAUAUCUAUCCCGCGGAAGGACAACGCGCAACAGGCCGAGCAACGCGAAGAACUGGUGCCCGUGCGGCUCGAUAUUGAGCUCGACAAACUGCGCCUGCGCGACACCUUUACGUGGAACUUGCAUGAAAAGACGAUUGCGCAACAACACUUUACUCAAUACCUCCUGGAAGAUCUCAAAAUCCCUCCGGAAAACUUCAAUGAAGUCGCUCGCCAGGUGAAUUUGGAGAUGCAGGAUCAAAUCCAGAACUACUACCCUCACAUCAUCGUCGAGGAUGGACCUCUAGAACCUGGGAGGCCGUACAGCGACCACAAGGAUGACGAGCUGCGAAUCAUGAUCAAGCUCAACAUCACUAUUGGUCGCAUCACUUUGGUGGAUCAAUUCGAGUGGGACAUCAAUAACGCUCUCAACUCCCCCGAAGAGUUCGCGCGGAAAAUGGCGUGGGAAAAUGCGCUGUCUGGAGAAUUCACCACGGCCAUCGCCCACUCCAUCCGAGAGCAGAGCCAGCUGUACACUCGCAGUCUGUGGCUAACAAACCACGGCUUCGAUGGACGUCCAGUAGAAGAUCCCGAUCUGCGAGAUGGAUUCCUCCCCAAUCCAAUUCACAGCGCCUUCCGACCUCAUCAAGCGCAAAAGGAUUGGACUCCAUACCUUUACGAAAUGAGCGAGGCCGAACUCGAUAGAACCGAGACGUCGAUGAUGCGAGAGCACCGCGCGCAGAAACGGCAAUUGAACCGACGAGGUGGCCCUGCCCUGCCGGAUCUGAAAGACCGACAGCGUACCGUGCGCUCUCUGAUUGUGCACUCGGUCAUCCCCGGUGCCGUAGAGACUUUCGAAACGACUGGUAUCCCGAAGACCCGACGAAGCGGUCGCGCUGGUCGUCGCGGUGGUGCUCGCACCGAUGGCGAGGUGGACUCGGACGACCUCGAGAGCGAAGAUUCGGGCGCCGAGUCGCCGGCUCCAUCCGUGAUGAACGCCGCCCUGACCGGCGGCACAGCGAGGACGCGAGGAAUGCGCGGGGCCGCCUCUGCCGCUCAGGCUGCCAUGCGCGCGGGAUACGGUCGCUCGCUCACACCGGAGAGCGUGCAGACCACCCCUCACGACACCCGCACCGCCUCGCGCCGAAGCCACUUGCGAGAAGAAGACACGGCACCCACUUCCUCUUCGGCGGCGGCGGCGGCAGCAGCGGACGAGGACACGUUGAUCGUGAAGCUCAAGAUCGGCAGGGGAAAGCUCAAGGCCUUCUGGACAGAGUACGAGGCGAAGAAGCGCGCCAGUCUGUACCCUCUAUCUGGCUACGCGUCGCAACCCCCACCAGCAGCUACGGCAUCAACCCCCGUCCGGCCCAGCCACGUGACGCCCACCAGCACGCCUCGCAUACCGGCUCAAUCCAAUGGUCACCAGCGCGCGGCCUCUUCGUCGUCGAAACAGCGACAGCAACAAGCGCAAGUAACAUACGACGACGAAGGCAGAGUGGAUAUCAACCAUUGGCCCCCACCAGACGAUGCACCCGCCCCACCCCCCUGGCUCCAAACCUCCAUCGCCGCCCUCCGCCAAUCCUACCCCGAAUCCUCCUUCGAAGCCCUCAUGCGCCCCUACGCCCUCAACACCGCCACAGGCAGCACGGAGAAACUCUCCCCCGACCAGCCGGCGCCGACGUCCGCGAACUUGAAGCUGCAAUUCCUGCCGCGCAUCCGGUGCAAUGAUUGUCCUGGGAAGCUGUACACUGCCGCGCCCGGGCUGGUCGAGCAGCAGUUUUCGCUGCAUUUGCGGAAUCGCGGGCAUAAGGAGAAGGUUGCUGAGAGGGAGAGGGGGAAGGGGAGGUAG